AUGUAUGCUGAAAACACUGGAAAAAUCUGGACAUCCAGUGGAGUUCCAGCUUACAGUCAACAACACUGGUUUACAACAAAAGUUUUCACACCCAUAAAAAGAAACAAGGACAAUAGUAACACAAAGAAAGCUCAAACAAAAGGACAAUACAAUCGUCCACCCAACCAACCUUCGUCACUCUUUCCACAGCCUCCCGCAAGCCGCAAAAUAUCCACGAUUGAGGAAAAAACAGAGCUAGUAACUACAAUCAAAGAAUCAAAAUUGGCAAGUCGACUAUUGCGUCCCACGUCGACUUUGAGCAAAAGCUCAUCGUCUGAUGGGUCAAAAGAAUUGGACAUUAAAGAAUUGGCGGCUUCGGAAGAGGAAAAGAUUGACCAGGAGGACAGUUUUGUGACAAAACAAAAUCAUCGUGUAUAUAAUCAUAGUAUAGACGCAUAUUCUAGAAUUCUUGAAGAACGAGAUAUCAAUGUAUUAGCCACAGAAAAGACUGGGGAAGGUGAUGGGAACAGUGAAAACAAAGAUAUUUCAAAUAAUUCUACAUGCAGAACUAAUAUCAACCUAUCCAUACCCACCAUUUUUACUUCUUCAGAACAUUCUUCAACCGAUAUUUCAUCAAUUUUGCUUCCAUCCAUAUCAGACUUAGAUUUAGUUCAUUCAGAUAAAUCAAUAUUAAGUAAUACAUAUAGUACUUUCAAAGAUGACCAUUCAGACGUAUCGGUAUCUUUAUAUCCAUCUCCAGUGCCUAUUUCUAAUGUCACACAAUUAAGAAAUUUCAAAGAUGGAAGAAUUAGUAUAAGAGAAGAAAGAUAUCCUAAAACUUAUAUUACUCAUAGAACUGGACCAAUGACUGAUCUAAGUGGCGGCCUGUCUCCUCACAAAAGGUCAAGGUUUAUCACACCUCCAAAUCGAAUCGAUCGAUUGCCAGUACCUUCAAUAGACACUUCGCGACCAGAACGCAACAUGUCAGGACGUAUGGCUAUGGAAGGCUGGCCUACCUCACCACGUCGUAUGCAAUUGGCAAGUCCGCGCUUCAACUCGCUAACUGAUUUAGAGGAGGGACCGGAAGGAUCGGAACAACAGCAAGAGUCAUCAUCAUCAUUGCAAGCGAAUCCUAUAUCAUCUCAACAUACAUCGUCUGCAGUAGGUUCUAAUAACGCUGAUGGUCAUACCUCACCACCUAUACAUUUAAACGUAAUAAGUGAGGGCGUGGAGGAUGAAAUGAAAGAUGAAGAAAAGGAAGCAACCGAACCGGAGGAUUCAAAAGAGCCUAAAAAAAAGACAAAUGAACAAGAAGAAUCUCAAAAUAACAUACAUGAUAUUUCACCUUCAAGAAAAUUCUCGACAAAAAGUACACGCCUUGGAGAAUUGCAGCAGAGUGACAAUGAAAUACCAUCAUCACCUUUACUUGCAAGUGCUCAACCAUCAGAAACGACUCAACCGAUGCUAUCAUCUAGUAAAAACAAUUUUGGCGAUGCAAGUAAGCCGUUUGUCCACGAGAGCAUGGGAUCAAGUAUCAUACAAAAAGAUACGCAUUCUGUAUCUGAAUGGAUACAGGAUGAUAAAAAUGAAUCCUUAAUACUUGAUAAUCAGAAAGAAAAUUCAAAGGGAAGCAAUGAAAAACGGCUAUCUGGGUCUUUUACAUUAAAAUUGGGGGGGAUAGAAGAAGAGUCGGAAGAACCAGAACAACAGCUAGAGCAAAAACAGCCAGAAUUAAUAAAAAGUACUAGUACUCGCAAAAUACGGACAAUAUUUUCAAAGGAAACGCAUAUAGAAGAACCCAAGUCAGAACCUAUAAAAAAAUCAACUGGUGCAAAGAUAACACGUCGUCUAUUCACCUCAAUUCCUUCAAUACAAGCUAGACGAACCACAACUCCUAUGUUGACAGUUAAUACCCCAUUACCAAUGCUGUCAGAGACUGAAGAUGAGGAAGAAGAAGCAGAAUCAUCCAAUACAAACGCCAAACAAGGAUUAAUAAAGUCACCUGAUCAAUCGGACAUAUCACCAUUCGCACCGGUAACACCAUCUAUAUCAGUGGCAUCAACCACUCCUUCAUCUGUUAAAUCAAUGACGUCGUGGCGAUGGCCAAAAAGACCUUUUAGUCCUGCUCAAGAAAAACAUAAAGAGCCACAAAGUCCUCAAUCUGAGGAUAAUCCAGCAGAUCAUAUAGGGAAGGUAGGGAAUCUAUGGGCAAAAAAGACGUUAGGACAAUUAAGAAAAUAUCAUCAACGUCGUAGUCCAAGUAUAUUAGGUAGAAAGUUUGGACUAGCGAGCCCUGUAAAAGAAUCACAGAGUACAUUACAAUCACCCGUGAGCGACAUAUCAGACUCUAAAAAAUCGACAGCAGUGCAAGUAUUGGAGGAGCCACUAGAAACAAUUAAUGAAGAGGAUGAAGAUGAGGAAAUUGGCAUCUGGUCGAGCGAAGAAGUGGAUCUUACAGAACCAUGUACGGAUGAGAAGAAAAUUUUGUCACCCACAUCCGUGAAUGUACCGAAUCGACAGAUCAUUGAAGAGGUUGUUGAAGAAUUACACGGAAUGAGAGUGUCACCAGAAUAUUUAACGGUAGUUGGAGGUCCAUCGGUAAAUGCAGUCAGUCCUAACGCAUCAUCUGCUUCGCUCCCACUUCGAAGUAACCCAAGUAGUUCUUCAUUAGCAAAACAUAAUGCUAAACCAUUGUUCGAGACCACAUUUACAAUUUCUAACAAUACAAAUGAACCUCUUCGAUAUGAAAUACUCUGGCCUGCGUUCCGAUUUGACGUCAGCCCAGCAUAUGGUGUUGUUAAAGCUCAAGGUGUAACCGUCGUUAAAAUUUCAGUUAUGAAUAAGCACUUUUCUGCAGGUUCACGACGCGAUGAGACCAAGGAUUCAAGAAGACUAAUGGGAAUCCUUAAAGGAUCGGAAGUCAUCGACAAUAAUAAUAAUAAACCUUUGAUGGGUAGAACCAGGAUACUGGUACUAUGUGAAAAUGGAGAACGAAAAGAAGUUGUAGUUGACAUUGUACAAGUAAAAAAGAAAGCAAAGGGUGAAGUCGAAGCAGCACGAUCUUCAAAAAGUGUGAAAGGUUCGGAAGAUGGUAACUUUCGUAAGAGUUUCUCACAAAAAAUGGAUAAUCUUUUUAGGGUCGCAAGAGCAAGAACGAAAAAGGUUACUAAAGACGAAGAAAAAUCACGAUCAACCAAUAGCAAAGUAAAGUCAUCUGUAAGCAAGGCCAUAGGAUCUACUAGCAAAUCUGCAAGUUUAUCUGUUUCCAAAAAGAUUAUAUCAAGUGGGCCCACUAGUCGUCCCAGUAGCCCAGAAGGUAGUAAUAAGUAUAAUCAUACAGUGAGAAAAUAUUCAUCUACAACAUCAAUUCGUAGCCGACCAAAUACGCCGGAUACUUAUAGACAAAUUGCGUCACCUUCACCUGCUAUUCGUUCACGAACACCUGAUGAGUCCAAACCUGGAAAGCAACUCCCACAACGUAAAAAUUUCAUAUAUAUUGGUGUUCCCGGUAAUAUUAGUUGUCCGACAACAGUGAUUCGUGAAACAAACCAUAGCGUAUUUCGUAUUCAUAAUCCGACCAAUAAACCAGUUACUUGGCAUCUUACUACUGCAACAAAUCCUUUUCUGCGUCGUUCCGACACAACCAAUUCAGCUCAAAAAAUAAAUGAGGAAGUCUUCUUGAUAAUGAAAACGAGUGGAUUACUUAGAGCAGGUCAAACCGAAAGAGUUGAUAUAAGCUUUCGCCCUAUUUUCAUUGGUACAUAUUCACAAAGUUUUAUGUUAGAGGAUUCAAUUAGCUCGGAAGGUUCUGGUGGAUUGGGUGGUGUUAGUGUUCGUGUUCAAGGCGAAGGAAAAGCAGAUGUAUCUAAUCAAAUCAAGGUUGAUACAAAAAAAAGUGGAUCGAGAACGAUGGACUUUGAAGUUUCCGAAUCUGAAAUUCAAAUUCCUGCUACAAGAAUUGGGAGACGUAGAUCAGUUGGAAUUAAUAUAAAUAAUACCUCAAAUCAGCUCGUAAGGAUAAAAUGCAAAUGUGAGGUAAUAGGAAAUAUCUCAGGCUCUAGUCCUAAUUUGUCAAUACCUUUGUCAAGUGUCCAAAUAAAACCGCGUGCAUCUGUUACAUUACCAGUACGUUUUCAACCAAGAGAAGUGGGUGAAGUUCGGGCUGUUGUCAAGUUACAAGCUAUAGGUAGAGCAGAGGUUUUGGUAGAUAUUAUUGCGAAAGGAGUACAAGAUACUCCUAUCGCUACUGAAACAUAG